CUGGCGACGUCUGCGACAGAGCGGUUGGACGCCAGCGGCGCGGAUGAAAUCUUUGCAGGGAGCGUUAUUUCGUAGUCGCCCGUAGACAGACACGAGUCGGCAACUCGGGAUUUUUCUGGUGGUGGAAUACAGGAUCAAAAAAGCAGCAUGUUUCCGGUCAGACAGCCUUGGCUUUGCAAAGCCUUAGGUUGUUAUGAUUGCUGUAUCCGGUGCUUGGGGGCAGUGCCCUACCCAUCUCUGGUGGCCACCUUGCUGUGCUAUGCCGGCAUGGCUCUGUUUUGUGGCUGCGGGCACGAAGCUUUAACCCAGACCGAAGUCCUGAUCGAGACUUACUUCACCCGCAAUGAGCAGGACUACGAGGUCGUGGCUUCUUUCGUCCAGUACUUCCAGUACGUCAUUUACGGCCUGGCCUCAUUUUUCUUCCUCUAUGGUAUUCUGCUGCUGGCAGAAGGCUUCUACACGACAAGCGCGGUCAAGCAGACCUUUGGGGAAUUUCGAAGCACCCAUUGCGGCCGAUGCCUCAGCUUAACGUUUAUCAUCGUGACGUAUAUCUUGGCCUUCAUCUGGCUGGCGGUGUUCGCCUUUACUGCGAUUCCCGUCUACUUCUUGUUCAACAUGGAGCAGACCUGCCACGACGUCAACAUCCUGGCUGAAAGCACCCCCAGCAUAAAUCAGCACAGCUGGAUUUGCAUGGACGCCAGGCAAUACGGGCUGCUUCCUUGGCAUGCAACGCCGGGCAAGUCUUGUGGAAUGACCUUGGCAUCUAUUUGCAAAACGAGCGAAUUUCAUCUCACCUAUGACCUGUAUAUUGCCACAUUUGCUGGUGCUGGAAUCACUCUCCUAGCAUUGAUCCUGUUCUUGGUCGCAACCACCUACAACUACGCAGUUUUGCGGUUCCUAGGCAGGAAAGGUGUGCGCUAAGGCGCAUUUUUUCAUUCAUCCUCCUGGAAACGGCCAAUCCGAUUCACCUGCUAGUACUGCUCAAUAAUAUUCCUCACCACCGUGUCUUGUUUGGGAGCAACUCAGAAAGAGAGAUGAAGAUUCCCGACCUCUCGGAUGAUUCUCUCGGCUCUGCGGCUCAUUUCUAUUUUCGGUGACGUUCGGUGCCAGUGAUGUUGUGAUGUGCGGCCUUUCAGGAAUAAUAUAAACAGCUCUCCUUGCAAAGUGCAAUUUACCCCUUGUACGGAGCUGGGUGCCAGGGUAGAAAAAAAUAUAUUUUUCUUUGCUGAAUAAA